AAUAAACCUUCGCAGUGUGUCUGGAAACCCGUCCAGAAGUGGUGGGUGAUAACUUCAGUCCUCCGGAAGCUCGGAAGUGUUUUUCUGGCCGUUGGGAGAGAGGUACGCGAGCGAAACUGCUUAUCUAAGCAUGAGUAUGGCUGCGAGCGGUAGCUGAGGACGCCACCGAGAGUUUCCCCUCUCUGCCUCUGCCACCUGCAAAUAUGAAUGGUGGUCCAAGUGUAUGGGCGAUCACUCCAGAGGAGAGGAUCAAACAUGACCAGAAGUUUGGCACCCUCUUCCCAUCAAUGGGCUAUGUCUCAGGGGAGCAGGCAAGGAAGUUUUUACUCCAAUCGGGGCUGCCUGCUUCAGUUUUGGCUGAAAUAUGGACUCUGGCUGACAUGAAUAAAGAUGGGAAGAUGGACAGGUUGGAGUUUUCCAUCGCUAUGAAGCUCAUAAAGCUUAAACUCCAGGGUACAACGCUUCCCUUAGCACUGCCAUUCAUCAUGAAGCAGCCUCCAGUGCCUGCGCCCAACCUCAAUAACCGUACCUCGUCCAUGACCAACCCAUCCUAUGGUAUGGCUUCUGGGCCUAACAUGUCCAUGAUGCCCGGGACAAACCUUGCCAUGUUGACCCCUAUGUCCAUGCCAACCCCUGGACUCUCACAUUUGACACCAAUGACAGGCCUCACCCCUUUGGUUCCUACAGCAACAGGCCUGAGCCCUCUAAUGGCCUCCUCCUCCACCAGGCCCACCGUGGGAACUGCCACCCUGCCAAAUGGCACCAUUGGACUUUUCCAUUCAACCCCAACAGGAGGUUUGGCUGCUGGCAUACCUCGGUCUGCAUCCCCCUACUCAUCUCCGCUAGGACUCUCCUCUUCUGGUAUGAACAAGGCCUCAUCGCUGCUGGACCUAGAAUCUAUCAGCUCCGCUUCCUCAUCCUCUGCGAUGUCCCCCAUGGGUACUGUUCCCAGCGACUGGGCUGUGCCACACUCCUCCAGACUCAAAUACAGACAGCAGUUUAACGGCUUGGAUAAAUACAUGACAGGAUACCUCAGUGGUCAGCAGGUGAGAGGUGCCAUGGCGACCACGAUGCUGACUCAGAUACAGCUGGCUUCCAUCUGGACUUUAGCGGACGUGGAUAAGGACGGUAAACUAAAAGCUGACGAGUUUAUUUUGGCAAUGCAUCUCGUGGACAUGGCAAAGAUCGGACAACCACUCCCGCUAACACUACCAACUGAACUGGUGCCACCCUCACAAAGGAGUGCAGUGAAUGGAUCCAGCCCUUCUCCCUAUGCUUCUCUGACUGAUGACUUUGACAUCGAACCUCCACAGAAACACAAAACCAACAUGUCCUUCGAGGAUAAAUUCAAAGCCAACCUGGAGCGAGGAAACGCAGAACUGGAGAAAAGACGCCUGGCGCUGCAGGAUGCGGAGAGGAGGGAGAGGGAGCGGCGUGCACAGAAGGAGAGAGAGGAGCGAGAGAUGAGAGAGAGGGAGGCUCGGGAGGCCGAGGAGAGGAGGAGGAAAGAGGAGGAGAGGAGGCUGGAGCGACAGAGGGAGCUGGAAAGGCAGAAAGAAGAAGAGAGACAGAGAGAGAUAGAGAGAAAAGAGGCUGCACAGCGGGAGCUCGAGCGUCAGAGGAAGGAGGAGUGGGAGAGGAGGCAGAGAGGAGAGCUCCAGAUAAAGAGGGAGCAUGAGCAGGAUGAUAUCAUCAAAUUGAAAGCUAAGAAAAGAAGUCUCGAGAUGGAGCUGGAGGCCGUGGGCAACAAGCAUCGUCAGAUCUCAGACCGGCUGCGUGACUCUCAGAACAAGAAGAAGCUUCAGAAGACGGAGCUGGAUCUGACCAAUCAAAGGAAAGACACUCGCCAGCAGGACAUUAACGUCCUGCAGAAACAGCUGGAGGAGUUCCAGAGGAAGUUGUCCCAGCUGACUCCGGAGCAGAGGAGACUGACGGAGAAACUCAGAAACAUGUCUCAGUCCACCAUGUCCACGCUGAAUGUGGUCUUUACUGAGAAAAAAGGGACAUGUCUGAAACUGCGAGAGCAGCUGGGAGUUGUGGAGAAAGAUACCGCUGCCAAACUGUCUGAGAUGGACCAGUACAACAAAGAUAUGCAGUAUGUGGGUGAUGAGGACUCUAUGCUUCAGGCUGUCUUCUGUCUGCUGGCCUGCCUCCGUAACCUCUUCUACCUACUAAAGGAACUGAGAGAGAGCCAGAGAAAACAGCAGGCGACACUUGAGAAACUACGGAACAUCAAAGAGGACAAACAGCGUGAAUUGAGUCGAAGGAAGGAGGAGGAAGCGGCGAGAAGGAGAGAAGAGGAGAGGAAACAGCAGGACGAGGAAAGGAGGCAGAAGGAGCAAGAGGAGGAAGCUCAGAGGCGUAUUAAGAUGGAAAAAGACCGCCAAUGGCAGGAGAAGCUGAGGAAAGAUGAAGAGGAGCGCCGGAGGAGGCUUCAGGAGGAGAAAGAGGCCAAACAGAGGGAGGAAGAGGAGAGGGAGAGACAGGCUCUCAUCCAGGCUGCCAAGGAGCAGGCCGAACGAGAGCUCAGAGCAAAGGAUGAGGCAGAGCGGAAAAUAAGAGAGGUGGAGGAGAGGAAGAAAAGAGAAGAGGAGGAGCGGCAUAAGCAAGCAGAGAGAAGGAGGCAGGAGGAGGAGAGGAGAAAGCUGGAGGAGGAGAGGAGGCAGCUAGAAGAAAAUGAGGAGAAGAGACGGAACGAAGAGGAGGACCGACGCAAGAGGGAGGAAGAGAGGAAGAGGUUAGAGGACGAGCGGAGAGAGGAGGAUCGCAGAAGAGAGAAGGACGAAGAGGAAAGGAGGAGACAGAGGGCGGCCGUGGCCGCCGUCCGAGAUGCGGAGGAGAGGAGGAAGCAAGAGGACGAGGAGAGAAAGAAAGAUGAAGACAGGAGGAAGCUUCAGCAGCAGGACGAGGAUCGGAGGAAGCGUGAGGAUGAAAGAAAGAGGAUGGAAGAAGAGAGGAGGAGAAAAGACGAGGAGGAGGAGAAGAAGAAAGCCGAGGAUAAGAGGAAAGCCGAGGAGACGAGAAAGAGAAAGGAGGAGGCAUCUCGUCAGCAGCAGCAGCCAAGUGGAGUAGGGAAGGUGGAUAUUCAGGAGAAACUGACGUCUCUGCUGAGAGGACUGGAGGAGAGGAAGGGUGGGCAACCCAGAGCCACACAUCACAGAAAAUCAGCAGCUCUCACAUCCUUCAAAGCUCUCUACACGUUCACGGCCCGAAACAACGAAGAGCUCAACUUCAAUGUGGAUGAUGUCAUCGAGGUUGAUGAGACGACAGAGCGGGAGGAGGGUUGGCUGUACGGCAGCAGACAGGGGAAGAUGGGCUGGUUCCCAGAGAGCUACGUCGAGAGAGUGGCCCCGUCAGACGCAGCUAAUCAUACUUCUGCUGCUGCUGCUGCUGCUGCUGCUGCUCCUCCUAAAGUGCCGCUCCAGUCACAACUUUCCAAUGCGCUUGAUGCUGUCAAGGCAGCAGGAACAAAGUCAGCCUUCACACCAACACACUCUCCAAACCCUGCGCCCUCUGAGACACAAGGACAGCAGGUGGUGGGGAACCUGCUGGCCCAGGCCUUGUGUUCCUGGACAGCAAAGACAGACAACCAUCUGAACUUCAAUAAGGACGAUGUCAUUCAGGUGUUGGAGCAACAGGAGAACUGGUGGCUGGGAGAGCUGAACACUGAACGGGGCUGGUUCCCCAAAACAUACGUGACACUGCUGGGAGAAGAAGAGAGUUCAGACAUGAAGGGCUCCCCUCCUGAUGCUUUGGAUUCUAGCGACAGCACGCAGCUGGACGAGUACACAGCGUUGUACACCUAUGAGUCUCCGGAGCCGGGUGAUCUGACGUUCAGAGAGGGAGAUGUGAUCUUGGUGAGCAAGAGAGACGGGGAGUGGUGGCACGGCUCUAUAGGCGGCAGCACGGGCGUCUUCCCCAGCAACUACGUCAAACCUAAAGAGACGGAUACAUCAAGUUUAUCUGCAAAGAAGAAGCCAGAGAUCGCCCAGGUGAUGAGGGCCCACCCCGCUACUGGCCCUGAACAGCUGAAUCUGGAAAAUGGCCAGCUCAUCCUCAUCCUUGGCAAGAACACCUCUGGCUGGUGGCUCGGAGAACUGCAGGCCCGCGGUAAGAAGCGUCAGAAGGGCUGGUUUCCUGCCGCUCACGUCAAAAUAUUGGGAUCCAACAGCGGCAAGUCCACACCAGCACCCCAACCAGUCUGUCAGGUAAUAGCCAUAUACGACUACUCAGCCGCCAACGGGGACGAGAUGAGCUUCUCCAAAGGUCAGCUGAUCAACGUUUUUGACAAGAACAACCCUGAUUGGUGGAAAGGAGAGAUCAACGGCGUCACCGGUCUGUUCCCCACCAAUUACAUUAAGAUGACCACGGCGGAAUGUGACCCCAGCCAGCAGUGGUGUGCAGACCUGAACAGCCUGGACUCAUUGAGCACCCAGGAGAGAAAGAGACAGGGUUACAUCCAUGAGCUAAUCCAGACUGAAGAGAGAUACAUGGAAGACUUGCAGAUAGUGCUGGAGGUUUUCCAAAAGCCUAUGUCAGAGUCGGGCCGGCUGAAUGAUGCAGAGAUGACCAUGAUCUUCGUCAACUGGAAAGAACUGCUGGCCUGCAACUCUAAACUUCUCAAGGCUCUACGCGUGCGUAAGAAGACGGGCGGGGACAACAUGCCGGUGCAGAUGAUCGGAGAUAUCCUGGCGCCGGAGCUGUCCCACAUGCAGCCCUACAUCCGCUUCUGCUCCUGCCAGAUCAACGGAGCAUCACUGCUCCAGACGCGUAUCGAUAGCGAGCCGAACUUCAAGGACUUCCUCAAGAAAAUUGCCACAGACUACAGAUGUAAAGGCAUGCCGCUGUCCAGCUUCCUGCUGAAACCCAUGCAGAGGAUCACACGCUACCCACUGCACAUCAAAAACAUCCUGGAGAGCACCGCAGAGGGCCAUGCUGACCGAGAGCCUCUGAAAGAGGCUCUGGAGAGGGCGGAGGAACUCUGUAAACAGGUAAACGAGGGCGUGAGAGAAAAGGAGAACUCUGACAGGCUGGAAUGGAUUCAGAACCACGUGCAGUGUGAUGGUGCUGCAGAGAACCUCGUCUUUAACUCUCUGACGAACUGUUUGGGCCCCAGGAAACUGCUCCACAGCGGCAAGAUGAACAAGGCAAAGAGCAACAAGGAACUCUGGGCUUUCCUCUUCAACGACUUUCUGCUUUUGACUCAUGCGGCUAAACAGUUCACCUCGUCUGGGCCCGAUAAACUGUUCAGCAACAAGAACAAUGUACAGCUCAAGAUGUACAAGCCGCCUGUGCUGCUAAAUGAAGUUCUGGUGAAGCUGCCGGAUCCUUCUAGCGACGAGCCCACCUUCCACAUCUCACACAUCGAUAGAGUCUAUAUACUCAGGACCGACAACAUCAAUGAACGGACCGCUUGGGUUCAGAAGAUCAAGGCUGCAUCUGAAGAAUUCUUUGAGACAGAAAAGAAAAAAAGGGAAAAGGCCUAUCAAGCACGAUCUGUGAAGACCAGUGGAAUCGGCAGACUUCUUGUCAUCAUAUUGGAGGCCACUGAACUCAAACCAGGCAAACCCAACGGUAAAAGUAACCCCUACUGUGAAGUGACCAUGGGAGCUCAGAUAUUCACAUCCAGAACGCUCAACGACACCCUGAACCCCAAGUGGAGCUUCAACUGUCAGUUUCACAUCAAAGACCUUUACCAGGACGUGCUCUGCAUCACCAUCUUUGAAAGGGACCAGUUUUCACCUGAUGACUUUCUGGGUCGGACAGAAGUUCCUGUGGCAACCAUAAAGAAAGAGUUGGAAAACAAGGGGCCGGUAACACGUCGUCUUCUGCUGCACGAGGUUCCUACAGGGGAAGUGUGGGUCCGCCUCGACCUGCAGCUCUUUGGCAACAAAUAGACAUAUAGGAUGAACUAAGAUGAUAAUGGAGUCUUCUACCGAGACAUCCAAAUAAGGAUAUUUUUCUCCUGCAGUGUAACCAAAUAAGAAAGACUGCUUUUUGUCACCUAAACAAACUCGGAUGGUUUCCCUCACAUAUCAAACAAAACUCCCCUGAACUCGCAUCACGCCAUAAUAUUUUAAUAUCAACCAGCACUAAUAAUACCUCUUCUGAUGUCAUCUGGAUCUUCCAGUGGGGGAUUAGGGUCUGAAUUACAUCAUCUGAACCCACCAAUAGGAGUCAGAGCUCCCUUUUUUUUUCUGGCUCAUGACCUCAGAAGGGUAACUCGACUGGUGCAGCUGUUUUGCGCCUGCACAAGAUGUACUGUACGCUCUGAAGGAGGUGAAAGAACAACUUCUGUGCAGCCAGGCUUCUUAAACAUCGCAGACACGAUGUCUCGUGAAGCUGAAUCUGGGUCCUCUGCUGUAAUCGUUUAUUUCCUUCAGAGAGUGAGACCUGGAGAAAUAAUGUCGAGAAACAAAUAAUAAUAAUAAAUCAACAAAUUGUAUCUAUUAUCUCGACUCUUAAAGGGAUAGUGCAGAUGUUUUAAAGUGGGUUUGUAUGAGGUACUUAUUCAUAGUCGGUGUUUUACCUUCAGUAGAUGCCGACUGAUGGCCCUUUCUGACUGACGCCGUUAUCUAUGCUCUCUUUAAGGCCACUAGUCUCCUUUGAGAGAAAACAUUAAGUUUCCCUCACAGAACACGGACGUUGCUAGUCCACUACUGCCUCGCUCGGUUUGUUUGGUGUUUUAAAGGGUUAUUUCAGUCCACUAAAGUCACAUAAUAACACAAAAGUCCCACAAUAACGUAAACAAACUAACCAAUCAAAGGCAGCGGUUGACCAGCUGCUUCUGUCUGAGGUGAAAUCUAAUACAAAAACUGUUUUCUCAAAGGAGUCUGGUGUCUUUGAAGAGAACAUUGAUAACAGCUUCCAGGUCUGACGGCAAGGUAAAGCGGUGAAAAUGUUCUAAGUGUAGCGUACACUUAGCAGUACUUUGCUUAGCUGCUAUGACUUCUCCAAACGAGGGGCGUGCUGACCGCCAUCUUCUGUAGGUAAUACAAGCACCUCAUACAACCCCACUUCAAACAAUCCGAACUCUCCCUUUAACAGCUCUGUAUCUCAGUUACCACAGUUGGGUUUUAAGUGUUCCGCGGUUGAGACACACUUUGCCGAGGCCAUUUAACGAGGAGUGUUUUUUCUUAACCAGAUGUGUAUAUGACGACUUCUAUUUGUUUUCUCCGGACGAGGACACGAAUGACUGCUUUGAAGAGACUCUGCUUUAUGACUGUCUGAUCCGUCUUCUCACAGCGAGAGCUCUGGAGUCAGUUCACUACUGUAGAUGGAAGAUCUCAGGAUAUGUUGUUCGGGGUUGAAUCUUUGUCACUGUAACAAUGUUUUGUGUGCGCGUGCAUGUCUUUGGAGAGUAGAAGGAGCGUAAACAUUUAGUUGAGAUGUACUAACCUACAAAUAUCUUCAGCUGAGGGCUUUUGAUGCGGUAACUUUUGGCCUUCUGGCCUUUAAUGAAAGUCAUCUUUUUUUUAGUCUUUUAAAAUCUGUCACUUUCUUAAAAGGGUUAGAAUUAUUUGGGAUGAUGUUGGUCUUGAUUGUUUUCAAAUGUAUUCGCUCUUUCUUUCGUGUGCAAAGUUACCCAGGCCAAGUAGUGUGAGUGCAAAAUAAUUUAGGUGACACUUUGAACUCUUUCUCCAGCUGAGUCAGCGCUUCCUGCCGUUUCAGCGUGGAGGAUUAUAAAGUCAAUACUUUUGAGGCAACACAGAUCGGCACGUUUUCAGCAAUAAUAAACACGAUUUGCUCAUUUGUGUUUUUGUUCUUUCCAUUUUCCCCCUGCUAGACAGAUCUUUACGUGUCAGUCUCCUUCACAGCAAUAUUGCCCAUCUCUGUUGCCUGGAAAAGUUGCUCUUUAUAAACAUCCACCAUGAAAACUGUACAAUUAAGUUGUAGGUUGAGUUUUUGGUGUCUUCUGGCUCAGUUUUACUCUUUUUGUCCUUUGCAUCCUUUUCUAACUGCGAGCGCCUGCUGGUGCUCCGGAUAUUAACAAAAAAAGUGUUGUAUUUAUUUCUUAAUUUAUGCGCGUGUGACUAUCCGAAGGUUUGGUGCGGCUUUGCCUCGCUGAGUCAUCCUGGAUAAUCAGUUGGUUUCCACUGGGUUUGUUUUGUGUGACGUCAAAUGUUAAAAAUGUGUUCAUGUCAAUACUGUUUUGAAAGGCAAUAUAACAUCUUAGAUGAUUCUCCGCAAUUAAGUUUUACUGUAAACAGGCUAGGUCACUAGUGUUUGUGUUAGGCCUGCUGUUUCUAUACAAUCCACACAACUCUGUUUUUAAGUCCUGGAGUAACUUUGAUGUUUCUUGGAAUCUGUGGAUGAUGAGUGCAUAGACUGGACUACCUGCCUCGUCUGUGUAGGGGUGUUAAAGUUUAUCUUUUUGUUUUACUUUUUAUUUCCCGCAGCCUUCUGCAUUGACUGCUGCUGUGCUAACUGAGUUUUAAGGCUUCUCUAACCCCGAUUGUCUGAUCAGCCACGAGUCUGUAACCUGCUGUUUGUUCUCACUUUGGCCUCCGUGUGGCUCUCUCUGAAUCAGGGUUUCUAAAGUCAAAUUAAAGACAUUAAAAGUGAACAAACUGUCAAAUUAUUGGCUGGCUAAAGAAAAGUGACAUUUAAAACUGUGAACGUUCAGCGCACAACCUCCUGCAGCAGCACAUGAGCGGUGAACUUCAGCUUUAGACAAAAUAAUGAUGUAGUAUUUAAAUGCUUUAUAUUAAUGAG